CCUAUUUAUAGCCAUACAAUCAUUUAAAACACCAGUCUUUUUAUCUUCUCGGAUCUGGAAGGCUAUGACACAAAAUUAAACAAGAUAAAGAUGUUUUGAAAUAGAAGGAGGAAGAUAUGGUUGCUCCUCUUGCCCUCAUCUUCAUGACUCAGUGGAUGUUGCUGAUCACUCAGUUGUGUGUUGGCUGGCACUGCACAGACUGCAUAAAUGGAUCAGCCAUUGAAAACUUCUCCUGUGUAAUUUAUAACAUUUCCUUCAUGAACUGCACUUGGCAGGCAGGCAAGGAUGCACCAGGAGAUACCCAGUAUUUUCUCUACUGGCAGAACUCCAGAUAUGACGAUGUGAAGGAAUGUGAGCUUUACAUUAAGGAUGAAAAUGGCAGAAAUACAGGAUGUAGAUUCCAAAAUGUUAGGAUAGAGACUGAAAAGGCUUACUUCCUUGUGAACGGCUCUAGCAAAGACUCCCUGAUCCAGUUCUAUGAUGUGUACAUUCAACUGUAUAAAAUUGAAAAGCUCAUGCCUCCAGAAAAUAUCACUGUCAACUGUGAUGAAAUUAAAAGCAAUUGCAUUAUUCAAUGGCAACGACCCCAAAUAAGUCAUUCUAACAAAGACAAGUGUUUUAAAUAUAAAAUUGACAUAAAGUAUAAGGAUAAUCCUGAGGGAAAAACCAUCUAUAUUUCUAUACAAGAAGGGGGAAAUAAUCACACGUUUCAAAGAUACAACACAGGAAAGAAGUAUCUCUUGCAAAUGAGGGCAGCUGGCAGUGUCUGCUUUGUGAGCCCAGCCUGGGGGGAGUGGAGUGCACCUGUAGAGUUUGGAAAUGAAGAACUUACUUCUUCAGUAUGGAUCUUACUUGUGGUAGCAGUUGGGACACUUUUAGUGGCAAUUGUCACAGUUUUAUUCUGCAAAAGGACUGGCUGCUGGAAAGCAGCAUUUCCACAAGUCCCAGAGCCAAAAAAUUCAUUUUGUGGGCUGCCUCAUAAUACAGAGCUGACGGAGAGCAAAAUUCAGGCAAUAACAUCUGAUAAGGAAGAGAUAACAUUAGUUGCUGACAUAUUGAAAUAACAAAAAAAUGAGGAAUUUGAAAAUGUAAUUCUGAGCUCAGGCAACUGUAUAUUCCUGUGGAAAGUCUGGAAUAAUGUACAGGCUUUCCUCAGUUUCUUCCUUUUCUUGGCAAAACCAGUAGUGAAGCCAAAAGAGAAUGAUACCUCACAUGUAAUUUUUUUAAAUGCUCUUCUAUUAAUUUUAGGUUUAGCUAACUUUGACUGUUUGGGUGAC